AUGCGGAAUCAUCUGCAGCCGCAACCAAGUACGAUAUCACAGCGCUACAAAUUUAAGGAAUGUAAGCAGCUAACAGGCGAGGACAUUAAGACGUAUCUCGCAAAGCUUAAAAAGCUUUCCACGCAUUGUCACUUUGGAGAGCAGCUGGAAAAUUGCAUCCGGGACCUGUUCGUAUGGGGUCUGGCCAGUGAGAGGAUCAAGAAGAGACUUCUGGCUGAACAACAGUUGACGUAUACCAGAGCGGUGGAAAUCAGCACUAGUAUGGAGAUGGCUGAACGAGAGGCAGCAGACAUGGCUAAUCCAGUGAACAGCACGGACAACGCACUCAAAGUUAUCAAUAAGCAGAAAAAGGUUUUGCAGGCGGUAAUAUGUUUUUGUUGUGGGAAAAAGGGUCACAUGGCAAAAGAGUGUCGUUUUAAAGGUUAUUCAUGUAAUUCGUGCGGAAAAAAAGGACAUUUAGAGUCAGUUUGUAAGGUUAAGGCUUCAAACAAAGGCGUGAAGGGUAAAUCACAAAAACAAAGUCGCGCGAAUGGUAAUGUUAAGAUUAAAAGUGUGAAUCCGAAUAAGGUUAAAGAAUCGGAAGACUGUAAUGAUAGUCUAAAUAAUUUAUAUUGUAAUAAGGGUAUUAACGUGAAUAAUGUGAUUGGUUGUAUCGAACCAUUGAAAGUUAACCUGGAGGUUGGAAAUAAGUCAUUGGGCGCGUUCAGCGGACUCAACAAUACAGGAUCACCAAUUUCGGCAAUUUCGAAGAAAGAUUUCGAUAGGCUUAAACCGUUUGAGAAUGCGGAAGUGUUGAAAAGUUCGCGCACUUUUAAGGCGUAUACGGGUAAUCCAAUAGUUCCUCUGGGUAUAUUGAAGGUUAAGGUAACUUUUCAAAAUAGAAGCAAAGUUCUUGAAUUGUUUGUCUUAUCAGGUAAAAGCGCACCUAUUGUUGGUCGUAAUUGGCUUAAGGCCUUAGAUAUUAUUCAAUUUGAUUUGGCAUCUGAAAGGUUGUCAGUUAGGACAGUGAAUGAAAAACAAAAUGAUAUUUGCAAAAGGUUUGAGUCACUUUUUUCUAAUCAAAUUGGUCGUUAUACGAAAAAGAAAUUUAAAUUGCAUCUCAAAGGAGGGGUCAGUCCGGUAUUUUGUAAACCAAGACCAGUACCUUUCGCGUUAAGGGCGAAAGUUGAAGAUGAAAUUGAUCGUUUAGUUAAAGAGGGUAUUUUAGAAGCGGUGGAAUAUAGUGAUUGGGCAACACCGAUAGUACCAGUAUCAAAAGUUAACGGUCAGAUACGCUUAUGCGGAGAUUAUAAGGUUACGUUAAAUCCUCACUUAUUAGUGGAUAAACAUCCUAUUCCGAGGGUAUCAGAUUUGCUUACAAAGCUAAGUGGAGGUACGGUAUUUACCAAGUUAGAUUUAGCUCAGGCUUAUCAACAAGUAGUGUUGGAUGAGGAAUCAAAGUUUCUUGUCACAAUAGCAACUCAUAAGGGGUUAUUCAAAAGUAAUCGUUUAAGUUAUGGCGUAGCGUCAGCAUCAGGGUUAUUCCAGCGUGAAAUGGAUAAGAUUUUUCAGGAUUUGGAUAUGGUAGCUAUUUUCUUUGACGAUUUAGUAGUUACAGGAGCUACUCGUGAAGAGCACGAUAGAAAUUUAACGUGUGUCUUGAAAAGGUUACAAAAUUGUGGUUUAACGCUAAGUAAAGACAAGUGUGCGUUUGCACAAAGUAAUAUAGAAUUUUUAGGAUUCGAGUUAAAUGCACAGGGCAUACAGGCGUCGAGUAAAAAGGUUGACGCAAUAGUGAAUAUGAAAAAACCGGAUAAUUUGUCAGAACUUAAGUCAUUUCUGGGUAUGAUUAAUUACUACUCGAAGUUCAUUAAGGAUUAUUCUGAUUUGUUGAGCCCAUUGUAUAAACUUCUUAGGAAAGAUAAGAAAUGGUGUUGGGCAAAGGAACAAGAGUUAGCUUUUAAAAAGGCAAAAGAGCGUUUAGCAUCUAGGGAAAUAUUGAUACAUUAUAGUUCAGAUUAUCCUUUGAAAAUUACGUGCGAUGCGUCUCCUGUUGGUUUGGGGGCGGUGGUGUCGCAUAUUCUUCCAGAUGGAUCGGAUAGGCCGAUAGCUUAUGCAUCAAAGGUUUUGUCAGUAGCUCAAAGAAAUUAUUCGCAAUUGGACAGAGAAGCAUUAGCUCUUGUCUUCGAAGUGAAAGCAUUUCAUCAGUAUGUCUACGGUCGUAAUUUUAUUUUAGAGACAGAUCAUAAACCUCUUACGUAUAUUUUUGGCCCGAAGAAAGGAAUUCCACAGAUGGCGGCUAGUCGAGUUCAAAGAUAG